AUGUCCAGCACAAUCAUGUCCAGCACCAUCAUGUCCAGCACCAGUCUGUCCAGCACCAUCCUGUCCAGAACCAUCAUGUCCAGCACCAUCAUGUCCAGCACCAUCAUGUCCAUCACCAUCCUGUCCAGCACCAUCCUGUCCAGCACCAUCCUGUCCAACACCAUCCUGUCCAGAACCAUUAUGUCCAGCACCAUCAUGUCCAGCACCAUCCUGUCCAGCACCAUCCUGUCCAGAAUCAUCAUGUCCAGCACCAUCAUGUCCAGCACCAUCAUGUCCAGCACCAUCCUGUCCAGCACCAUCCUGUCCAGCACCAUCCUGUCCAGAACCAUUAUGUCCAGCACCAUCAUGUCCAGCACCAUCAUGUCCAGCACCAUCCUGUCCAGCACCAACCUGUCCAGCACCAUCCUGUCCAGAACCAUCAUGUCCAGCACCAUCAUGUCCAGCACCAUCCUGUCCAGCACCAUCCUGUCCAGCACCAUCCUGUCCAGCACCAUCCUGUCCAGCACCAUCCUGUCCAGCACCAUCCUGUCCAGCACCAUCAUGUCCAGCACCAUCCUGAAUAUUGGUGUCUGA